AUGUCCGUCAACCCUCUCCCCCCUCAGUCCUCCUCGCCGCUCGGUCGGAAUCGCAGCUCCCUCCUCGCCAAGUUUCGCUCCCAGCUCGGUCAACGUAAUCGCGGCAUCACCGACUACUAUAUCGAACCCGACGACCCCUGGCGCUCCUACUUCCCCGGUGACGUGAUCAGCGGCACCGUCGUCCUCACCGUCGUCCGCCCCGUUAGCAUUACACAUCUGGUGGUCUGUUUACAUGGCUUUGUCAAGGUGUUCAAGAAUACCGUGCCUCCAGGCGAGCAGGCUCCGGACUUGGGAUUUUUGGGGCCGGGGCGCGGGCGUCGCGGCCCUGAGUAUCUGGGAAACGGGUUGUCCACCCUCUUUGAGGACGAGGUCGUCCUCUGCGGGGAAGGCCGGCUCAAGGAGGGAAUCUACAAAUUCCGCUUCGAGAUGGGCUUUCCCCCGUAUGCGCUACCGAGUAGCAUCAAUUUCGAAAGAGGCACGAUAUCAUAUCAGCUUACAUCCACCCUAACCCGGCCGACGACGAUCAACCCGACCACCACCUGCCGACGACGCGUCAACGUGCUGGAAAACAUCGAUAUCGCCCCGUUCCCCCCGCCCCGGCCGCGCGUCGUCACGCUCGAGCCGAUCUCCCGACGGUCUAAAUCCAAAGCCAAGGCCAAGUCAGCCGGAUCUGAUGCGCCUGAUACCCUCUCCAUCGACCCGACCGUGCAGGGCCAUGGGUCCGACCAUCGGCCCCCUCUGAGUCCGGCGCCCAGUAAUGUCAGCUCGUCCAGCCGGCUCAGUAACAGCAGCCAGAGCUUUCAUGUGCCCAGCGACCCGAGCUCCUCUGCCAGCACCGGGAUGCGCAACAGCGAAGCCCGGAGCAUCACCCCCUCCAUGACGGAUAAAAUCAUCACGGUCAAGGCCGAGGUGUUGCGCGCGGGCGUGCUUCCGGGAGAUACCUUACCCAUCACCGUCACCAUCAAUCAUUGUAAACAGGUGCGCAGCGCGCAUGGCAUUAUUGUGACGCUGUAUCGCCAGGGCCGGAUUGACCUCCAGCCGGCGAUCCCCAUGGGCAAAUCCGCGGACGGCAAGAAGCCGGUCUAUGAAGACUACUAUCCGCGCUCGCGGACCGGACUGGGCGGGUUGACGCUGGGUAGCAGCCGGACCACUGGGGUCUUCCGCAAGGAUCUGGCGCAGACGUUUGCCCCCCUGGUGGUGGACCCGACGAAUCUGACCGCCGUCGUGAAGACGUCGAUCCGGAUCCCCGAGGACACCUUUCCGACCAUCACGCGCACGCCCGGGAGCAUGAUCAACUUCCGAUAUUAUAUCGAGGUGGUGGUCGAUCUGCGGGGCAAGCUGAAUUCGCCCGAUCGGUUCCUGCCGCGGUUCAACAUGGUGUCCUCAGGCGGCAAUUUCUCCUCCAGCGGACAGGUGCUCAACCCGUCCGACGUCAACAACAGCGUGAUCACGGCGAACUGGGCAGGCAACAUCCUGGACACGGAUCAGAUUCGGCGUGAAAAGGGUGUGGUGGCGGUGAUGUUCGAAGUGGUCAUUGGGACGCGGGACUCGCGACGCGGCGUGAAGCCGGUGGAGCGCACGCCGUCGACGACGACACCGGUGGACCUGCAGCCAGUGCAAAGCCCGACGGGUCCCGACGGGGAGGCGUGGUCUGCCGAGCAGGGUGCAACGCCCAAUGGCGAGGGCGACUAUGCGCAGGAGGACUACGGGUUCCCGCAGGAGGGGUCGCACUGGCCCGACUACGCGGGUCAGGAGUACAGCGCCGAGCCGCAGUUUCACUCGCUAGGGGAGAUGGUGUCGACGCCGGCGGAUGAGCCGGGCGAUGAAAAGAGUCGGUUACGGCGCGCGGAGCAAACGCUGCUGCCCAGUCGACCGCCGGAUGAGGCGGGGCCGUCGGAGACGAUGCCGACGGCGCCUGUACUACCGGAGGACGAUCUCCACGACUACCGCCACGUGGGGUCGACGAGCGGGACUCCGCGGGCGGUGGUCUCUGCGGAAUCGGUACAGACGGUGCUCGCUGGUGAGGGGCCCGGGGAGGAUAAACAAGAGCUGGAGCGCCAGCGAUUGAUGACGGAAGCGAGUGCGCCAGAUGAAGCGGGUCCAUCCAGUGAUGCGCCGACGGCGCCGGUGUUCCCCGACGACGAGGGCGACCACCAGCUAGUGGGCAGCGCGGCGCGAGGAGACGAGUCGUUACCGCGAUAUCAGCGGUAA